UUGGAGCAAGAAGAGUGCGUGAACUCUUUGCUGCAGCGAGACGCAAAGCACCUAGUAUAGUUUUUAUAGAUGAAUUGGAUGCAAUUGGUUCAAAACGCAAUCCAAAGGAUCAAACAUAUAUGAAGCAAACACUUAAUCAAUUAUUGGUAGAUUUGGACGGAUUUUCACAAACUGAGGGGGUUAUUUUCAUAGCCGCAACAAAUUUUCCAGAACUUUUGGAUAAAGCAUUGGUUCGGCCUGGUCGUUUUGAUAGACAUGUAGCCGUACCACUACCAGAUGUGCAUGGUAGAGUGCAAAUUUUGUCACAUCAUCUAAAAAAUGUUCAAAUUUCCAUCGAUGUAGAUAUUAGCGUUAUAGCACGUGGAACACCGGGUUUUUCAGGUGCAGACUUAGCCAAUUUAGUUAACCAAGCGGCUAUUCAAGCUUCCAGAGAUGGCGCACAAGAAGUUGCAAUGCGGCACAUGGAAUAUGCCAAAGAUAAAAUACUUAUGGGUGCAGAACGUAAAUCUGCCAUAAUAACAAGUGAAAAUAAAAAAUUAACAGCAUAUCAUGAAGGCGGGCAUGCAUUGGUGGCCUUGUAUACGCCCGGGGCUUUACCAUUGCAUAAGGCUACAAUUAUGCCACGGGGUUCUACUCUUGGGAUGACAGUACAAUUGCCUGAAAUGGAUAAAGAUAAUUACACCAAAAAAGAAUUUCUUGCAAUGGUUGACGUUGCCAUGGGUGGAAGAGUUGCAGAAGAAAUGAUUUUUGGUAAAGAAAACGUUACAACAGGAUCACAUAACGAUAUUGCGAACGCAACAAAUGUUGCAAAACGUAUGGUGACAUUAUAUGGUAUGAGUGAUAAGGUUGGACCGGUGGCCCAUCCUGAAGAAGACAUGGAUCAAUUAAGUACUCAGACUAAAUUAAUUAUUGAAAGUGAGAUCAAGGCAUUAUUAGAGAGUGCUCAAAUUCGUGCGACAAAUAUUUUAAAAGCUCAUAAAGAUGAAUUACAUCGAUUAGCAAAUGCUUUAAUUGAAUAUGAAACUCUUACACAAGAAGAAAUUGAGUCAGUCAUUAAAGGCAAAGCUAUUAAUCGAUGA